AUGGCUUGCAGGUUAUUCGAAAGUGCUGACCAUACAGCUACCUACGCUAAAUUCCGGUUUCUCUGGACAACAGGCAUCACAGAUAGGGUUUUAACAUAUCUCCAGGAGAGGUAUCCAGCACCAUAUGACCAUGCCAUUGAUGUCGGUUGUGGCUCAGGUCAGUUCACACAGCUUCUGGCCCCUCACUUUAAACAAGUGACAGGUAUAGACAUCAGCGCUAAUCAGAUAUCAGAAGCAAUCAAAGGGAAUGACAGAAAUAAUAUCACAUACAAAAUGGGUGCUGCCGAAAGUUUUCCAAUCGCAGACGAGUCUGUGGAGCUAGUUACCUGUGUUCAGGCCGCCCACUUUAUUGAUAUGGACAAGUUCUAUGCUGAAGCUUACCGGGUGCUAAAACCGAAUGGUUGCGUGGCACUGAUUUCCUAUACCGUACCCGAAUUGGGCUCAAAACCACUGACCACUGGCCUUUGA